AUGGCCGCGGUCCCGGCGCUGCUGCCGCUGCUGCUGGCGCUGGCGCAGGCGGGAGCGGUGGGCGCCGCGGGCUCGGUGCGCCUGGCGGGCGGCCUCACGCUGGGCGGACUGUUCCCGGUGCACGCUCGCGGCGCGGCGGGCAGGGCGUGCGGGCAGCUGAAGAAGGAGCAGGGCGUGCACCGGCUCGAGGCCAUGCUGUACGCCCUGGACCGCGUGAACGCCGACCCCGAGCUGCUGCCCGGGGUGCGCCUGGGCGCCAGGCUGCUCGACACCUGCUCGCGGGACACGUACGCGCUGGAGCAGGCGCUGAGCUUCGUGCAGGCGCUGAUCCGCGGCCGCGACGGCGAAGAGGCCGCCGUGCGCUGCCCCGGCGGGGUCCCCCCGCUGCGCACCGCGCCCCCGGAGCGCGUGGUGGCUGUCGUGGGCGCUUCGGCCAGCUCUGUCUCCAUCAUGGUCGCCAACGUGCUGCGCCUGUUCGCGAUCCCCCAGAUCAGCUACGCUUCCACGGCCCCUGAGCUCAGCGACUCCACACGCUAUGACUUCUUCUCCCGCGUGGUGCCUCCUGACUCCUACCAGGCCCAGGCCAUGGUGGACAUAGUGCGGGCAUUGGGAUGGAACUACGUGUCCACGCUGGCCUCUGAGGGCAACUAUGGCGAGAGCGGGGUUGAGGCUUUUGUGCAGAUCUCUCGAGAGGCUGGGGGGGUCUGUAUUGCCCAGUCCAUCAAGAUUCCCAGGGAACCAAAACCAGGAGAAUUCAAUAAAGUGAUCAAGAGACUCAUGGAGACACCGAACGCCCGGGGCAUCAUCAUCUUCGCCAACGAGGAUGACAUCAGGAGGGUUCUGGAGGCUGCACGCCAGGCCAACCUGACUGGCCACUUCCUGUGGGUUGGCUCAGACAGCUGGGGAGCCAAGAUCUCACCCGUCCUGAACCUGGAGGAUGUGGCUGUGGGAGCUAUCACCAUCCUGCCCAAAAGGGCCUCCAUUGAUGGAUUUGACCAGUACUUCAUGACUCGAUCCCUGGAGAACAACCGCCGAAACAUCUGGUUUGCUGAGUUCUGGGAAGAGAAUUUUAACUGCAAACUGACUAGCUCAGGUACCCAGUCUGACGAUUCCACCCGCAAAUGCACAGGUGAGGAACGCAUCGGCCGGGACUCUGCCUACGAGCAGGAAGGGAAGGUGCAGUUUGUGAUUGAUGCUGUGUACGCCAUUGCCCACGCCCUCCACAGCAUGCACCAGGCUCUCUGCCCCGGGCACACAGGGCUGUGCCCAGCAAUGGAGCCCACUGAUGGUCGGACACUGCUGCAGUAUAUUCGAGCUGUGCGUUUCAAUGGCAGCGCGGGAACCCCUGUGAUGUUCAAUGAGAAUGGGGACGCACCUGGGCGAUAUGACAUCUUCCAGUACCAGGCGACCAAUGGCAGUGCAGGCAGUGGCAGCUACCAGGCGGUGGGCCAGUGGGCGGAGACCCUCAGGCUGGAUGUGGAAGCCCUGCAGUGGUCAGGAGACCCCCGAGAGGUGCCCGGGUCUCAGUGCAGCCUCCCCUGUGGGCCGGGGGAGCGGAAAAAGAUGGUGAAGGGCGUCCCCUGCUGCUGGCACUGCGAGGCCUGCGACGGGUACCGCUUCCAGGUGGACGAGUUCACUUGCGAGGCCUGCCCAGGGCACAUGAGGCCCACGCGCAACCACACCGGCUGCCGCCCCACGCCCGUGGUCCGCCUCUCCUGGUCCUCGCCCUGGGCGGCCCCGCCCCUCCUCUUGGCCGUGCUGGGCAUCAUGGCCACCACCACCGUGGUGGGCACCUUUGUGCGGCACAACAACACACCCAUCGUCCGCGCCUCUGGCCGUGAGCUCAGCUACGUCCUCCUCACCGGCAUCUUCCUCAUCUAUGCCAUCACCUUCCUCAUGGUGGCUGAGCCCGGAGCGGCGGUCUGCGCCACCCGCAGACUGUUCCUCGGCCUCGGCACCUCCCUCAGCUACUCGGCCCUGCUCACCAAGACCAACCGCAUCUACCGCAUCUUUGAGCGAGGGAAGCGCUCGGUCACGCCUCCGCCCUUCAUCAGCCCCACUUCGCAGCUCGUCAUCACCUUCAGCCUCACUUCCGUGCAGGUGGUUGGAGUGCUGGCCUGGCUGGGGGCCCAGCCCCCGCACAGUGUGAUUGAUUAUGAAGAGCAGCGGACGGUGGACCCAGAGCAGGCCAGAGGUGUGCUCAAGUGCGACAUGUCUGAUCUGUCCCUCAUUGGUUGCCUGGGCUACAGCCUCCUGCUCAUGGUCACGUGCACGGUGUACGCCAUCAAGGCCCGUGGCGUGCCCGAGACCUUCAAUGAGGCCAAGCCCAUUGGCUUCACCAUGUACACCACCUGUAUCAUCUGGCUGGCUUUUGUGCCUAUCUUCUUUGGCACUGCCCAAUCAGCUGAGAAGAUCUACAUCCAAACCACGACACUGACUGUGUCCUUAAGCCUGAGUGCAUCCGUGUCCCUCGGCAUGCUGUAUGUACCCAAGACCUACGUCAUCCUGUUCCACCCGGAGCAGAACGUGCAGAAGCGGAAACGGAGCCUCAAGACGACCUCCACAGUGGCAGCCCCACCCAAGGGUGAGGACACAGAGGCCCCAAGUAGCAAGUAG